AUGUCGCUUGUAAAGACGUUUCUCCGCGGCGGUACUCCCUGCACGACGCCGUCAAGACUGACCGAGGUGUUGAGCAGCGCGAACCCACCCUACGCACAUUGGAGGUGUGUUGCAUACUACCCACGACGCUGGCACCACGAUCCCGUGGACAACAGAAUCACCGCCCCAGUUUUCUUUCUUCUGUUUGGCCACCAGGAGUGGCGCGAAAACGGCGGCGCUGACGGUGCGAUGGCACCGAGGAGCGAGGCUGUGGCGGUGCCCGAGGGGACAUGGCAUCUUCUCUGCUACACCGUUCUGACUGAAGGCGCGGUUCCUGUGGAGACGCUUACUCGCGACCACAAGGCAGCGUUGGAGGCGGAUAGAGGGAGUGGCGACUCGGAUGCGAGCUGGGCAGCGGCUCUUCCCAGGAGCGGUGGAGGCGGCGUUGGCGCCUUGCGCGCCCUCCUGCUUAGUGUCCCCAAAACCCUGAUGCCUAGUGGGUCGCUGGAGUGGUACAGCGUGGCACAUGGCAUUGCGUACGAGCGGAUGGGCCUCUUGACGGCGUCCAUAUUUCUCGCGAAACUGGCGCCUGCCGUCAGUGAGGUGCUCAGCAAGCACUGGAAGCCGAUGACGCGCGAAGGCAAAGAGGCAGGCAUGGGUCAGACACCUGGCGCACUGCCUGCACCACGGCCCAGUGCGGGGUAUUACGUAUUGGACGGAAGGGCCGUGGAGGUGGUUGACUUCAUCACCAGCGCCGGGCCGUCCUCGGCGUUUACUGCACGUAGGCAGAACACGGACGACGCCGCGUUUUUGAGGGACGGUGUCUCCUCUUCUCCGCCGUUUCCUUCCCCGGACCCCAAUCUGCAGUUUGUCGCGGCAACGGUUCACGAGGCCGUUCAGUACAUGUGCGCGGAGAGUAAGAUGGCAGCUCUGGUGGCUGACGCCUCCGUGCCGUCUAUCACCGAGGCCGGCUGGCGUACCCUCUAUCCCCUCAUGGCGUCACUGCGACCGUGCAUGUACACCUCUUUCUUCGAAGAAGCCGCCAAUGUCGGGCGAUCGCAGGAUACGUCGUCCAAUGCGGAUGUGGAAUCGCUGACGGGCCUGGCAAGGCUCCGUGCCGAGCGAGACGCCAGUAUCGCGCAGUGGAAGAAGCGGAUAGGCAGUUACACGAGUUUCACAGUGCCGGAGAAGGAUUAUAACGCCAUCGCCGCUGAAGGUGCCCACGCCACGGCCGACUUGGCACCUCCUGCAACACCACCCUUGGCCGCCAGCACCGCUGCGUCAGCGGAGCGCUCAUAUCAGCACGUUCUACUUCUGCAGCGACCUGUUGUCACCAAGAAGCCAAUCGAUGCUGACAACCGCGAUGCUGGACCCCUCUCUCCACAGCCGAUCGGCGCCGAGCUGCACCUCGUGCGCGACCGCGGGGAUAUCCGCUACGCCCUGGAGCAGCUGGAAAACCGCGCCAACCUGCACUUUGCUUUUGAGGACACGGUGCCCGACGACGGUGAGGUGCUGGUACAGCUAGCGCCGGCCGAAGGGGUACCGUUUUGCGACCUCGAGGAGUACUUCAGAACCGUUCCCGUCACGUCGACGGCGCUGAAUUCGGGGGCUGUAGCUCAGCACUCUGGUUCGUGCUGCCCUGCGGUAGUACCGCGUGUCGUGUAUCGCCGGCCAACCGGCAAGACACAGAAGGCCAACCCUAUAGCACACGCGCUUACCGAGUUGGAGGUGACGUCACCGACGCCGGCGAUGGUGAAGGCAGCUGCCGCAGCCCUUCUCUACGUAUCCUCGCAGCUGGUUGAGGUAACGGAGCCAAUGCCAGCUUUGUCUACGCACGCCGGCGCCGCAUGGAGUGCGCCAGCACCGGGGUACACGCUGCACGUGCCGCCUGUUUGCUUUAGCGCUAUUUCGCACAAGAAGUGCGGCUGGUGUGGCCGCCGGCGCGAAGUUCUGCUGCGCUGUGGCGGGUGUAAGGCCGUCUCGUACUGCUGCAAGCGGCAUCAGGCACUGGACUGGAAGGAGGGGUCCCACAGGCUGGAGUGUAAGCUGUGGCGUCGCGCUCGCGAGCUGCAGGAGCGCGUUGUCGCACCGUGGAUGGGGAAGUCCUCGUCAAUGUGGACGGCCGUGACGGCUAACGGGGAACCGAGCUUCUUUCCGAAGAGUCGGGGCUGGUCUUGCGCUGCCACACUGAUCCAGUUUUUGAGCGAUAUUGACGUGUCUGCUCGAAACGCUCAGCUGAAGCCGCCAUCGCCGGACAACAACGUGCAGUAUAUCCAUGCUGUGGGGCUGGACACUGCGUGCGUGGGUGAAUUCGUGCGAGCCCUGGCAGAGGACAUUGAAUUGUGGGAGGCGUUGACGUCCCUGAGCUUCAAUGCUACCGGCGGUGCGCAGCAGUACCGCGUGCUCAUCUGUUCCGAUACCUUCACGGAUGCUCAGCGCAACGCCGUGUGGGCCAUCCGUCGUGCCGCCACCGACUCGGCGUGGUUGACGCCUGCUACAGGUGUCCUGGGCGACGCAUGGCAUUGCGAGGGGUGUAAUGCAGCAGCGAUGCAACCGACAUGUGCGAUGGCCCUGAUUCGACUGUCCGGCGCCAAAUACCACACAAUAGAGAGGCACCAUGACGCAGGCAGGGAGGGGUGUCCACAGGCUGUGCUGUCCUUUGGGCCCGCGAGUGGCGAGGGGUGCACUUACCUCACCGGUGCUCUUGAGGUGUUUGCCGAACACGAUGUCGGCGUUGUGCCGCUGCGACUGGUGGACAGUUCGUACGUCGGCGCUGCCCGUACACGCGACGCAGUGGCUGCGCGUGUCGCGAGCAGUAAUGCGUGCCCCACAGCCACCAAGAGCCGCGUCGCAGCGCUCGUAGCCAAGGCAAAACAGGAAGAGUUGGCCGAAGUUUCAAGCGACGCCGAUGGCUCGCCGAAUCCCACACGCGGUGCGUUCUUUAUACACUUCAAUAAGGCGGGUGCAGUGGCCCUGGCUGCAGCCGAGGAUUUGCGCGCCACUGCAGGAUCCACGACUGCAGAACCGGCCUCGGCUUCUGUCGUGACGCCAUAUCUAAACUGCUUCCUGUGGGAUGUGUUGCCCUCCGACUGUGGCUGA